GCUGUUAUUAUUGUUUGGACGUUCGUCCGACGCUUUCCACCCAGUUCGCCGCCCGCCCCCACUUCCAGCUCAUCUAAUACAGCAUCCAAGUUGGCUACGUGGAUAAGAUUGCACCUGCAACUGCAUCCGCACCUGCGAAAUGGUGCUCGGCUGCCUUUCCUGUUGCGGUCGCAAUGGCUAUCAGCAGAUAGGGAACACGGGUCCUCGGUUCGGUGUACGUCACCUGCAGUGCAUCCUGGUGUUCUUCGGGCUGGCGGUGGCCUACUCCCUGCGCGUGAAUCUCUCGGUGGCCAUUGUGGCCAUGACGGAUCGGAAUGCCAGCAAUCCGGAUUUUCCGGAAUACGAUUGGAAUGAGAGCACCAAGUCGUACCUGUUGAGCAGCUUCUUUUGGGGCUAUGUGGUCACCCAGGUACCCGGCGGCCAUCUGUCCGCCAUCUAUGGAGCCAAGUACAUGCUCUUCUACGGCGUGCUCAUUUGUUCCUGCCUGGCCCUGCUCACACCCUUUUGUGCCGCCUAUGGAGGCUGGAAGCUGGUGGUGGUGCUCCGGGCUGUCCAGGGCCUCUGCCAGGGAGUGAUUUUUCCCUCCACUCACACGUUCCUAUCGAAGUGGGCGCCAGCAGAGGAGCGCGGCCGGCUGGUGGGCUAUUGCUAUUCGGGAUCUCAGUUUGGCACCGUGGUCAUGCUAUCGGUCAGUGGCUACAUAUGUUCCUCCUCGCUGGGCUGGCCCAGCACCUUCUAUGCACCCGGCUGUGCUGGCAUACUGUGGGCCUUUGUGUGGUACUUCUACUGCUCCAGCACACCGGCCCAACAUCCUUCAAUCUCGCCAAGCGAAAGACGCUACAUUGAAUCGUCGGGACAGGCGAGAAGGUCGUCGGAUGCGGGGCGAGAGGAGCAGCCGAGAAUGCAGACUCCCUGGUGGAGUAUCCUCACCUCGGGACCGUUUCUGGUGCUCGUCCUGGCCCACUGUGCCAAUAACUGGGGCUUCUGGACGCUGCUCACGGAGAUUCCCACCUUCAUGAAGAACGUCCUGGGCAUGGACAUCAAGAGCAAUGGGCCGCUGUCCGCCCUACCCUACUUUGCCAUGAUCCUGUUGACCUGCGUUUUCAUUUGGCUGUCGGACGUACUGAAGCAAAGGAGUACGGUGAUACCUCUCAGUUUCUCCCGCAAGUUCUUCAACACGCUGGGCAUGUGGCUGCCCAUGCUGGCCUUGGUUGGGCUGGGCUACAUCACCCAGGGUGAGGCCAAUGUCCGGCUGGCCAUUGGACUGCUGACGGCGGCAGUGGCCACCAAUUCGGCCACGUAUCUGGGCUUCCAUGUAAAUCACAUCGAUUUAUCUCCGAAUUUCGCUGGCACUCUGAUGGGGAUCACGAAUUGUGCGGCGAACUUUAUGAGCAUUCUGGCGCCCCUAAUUGUGGGACUAAUUGUAUGGGAUGAGACGAAUCCCGAUCAAUGGCGCAUUGUGUUCUUCUUCACCGCCUUUGUCUACUUCAUUGGCAACCUGCUUUUCAUGCUGUUCGGCCGAACAGGUGUCCAAUCUUGGAACUCGCCUGUUGCCACGAGAACACCCUCACCAGCCGGAGGUGCUGGUGUUGCAGCUGAAGAAGCUGCACAGGAUCGUGCGCCUCUCAUAGAUGCCUAAGCCAAGGAUUGGUUGUAAUACCGAAACUUUUGUACCUUCUGGGAGACUUAGCAUUCCAUGGAAUUGAUUGUAUUAUAAGCUAUACACAUGACAUAUAUACCGAAUAUAUU